AUGAACAUUUGUUCAAAUCAUAAAAGAACAUACGAAUUGAUUUGCUGUGAUUGCAAUGUUUUGAUGUGUUCAGCAUGUACACCACAACAUAGACUUCAUUUAUUCUAUCAUAUCGAUGGAAUUAAAUCAGAGAUUAACAGUAGUAAUAAUAAUAAUAAUAAUAGUAAUAAUAGCAGCAAUAUACCAUCAUUACUCGAUAUUCAAUCAAAUAUAAAAACAACAUUCGAUUCACUAAGGUCAGCAGUCAAAGAAUAUCAACAAUUACAACAAACAGAAGAUGAGAUAUCAAAUAGAUUCAAAGAUUUGCAUGAAUUCCUUGUUUUAGAAGAACACAAACUAAAGAAACCGAUCAUCGACAACAAAGAACAUUUGGAACAACAAAUCAAAAGUCAAACAACAAUCAUGAAAUCAUUGAAUUUAAUGAAUCAUCAAUUAAAUAAUCUGAUUUCUGAUGAUACUGAUAAUAUUCAACAAGAUCAAUCAACAAAAACAACGACAUCAUCAUUAUCAGCAGAUACAACCGAUUGUUAUCAAAUAUCAACAAUAAUGACAUCAAUAUCACAAUCUUCAAGCCACAACGAAUUCAUUCAAAACAAUAAUACAUUGUUCAAUUUGAAUGAUAAUCGAUACUCAAUCAAUAAAAUUGAUGACCAUUCAUUGUUAAAUGUUAUACUUGAACACAACAAUACAUUGAAAUCAAACAAUCACAACAAUAUAAAACACAACCAACCACAACAAUACCAACUGAUUACCAAUGAUCAACAACUUAAUCAAAUAAAAAGCCAACUGCAAUCAACAUUCAAACUUGUAUCACAACAGCAACAACAACAACAACCAAAAAAACAAUCAUAUAUUUUAUCAACAGAUACCACAGGUAAAAUAUCGGUAAUCGAUAUAACCGAUCAUAAUAAUAUUCAUUUCACACAACAAGACAUCCCAACUUUCAAUAGCACUUUGUAUUAUUAUUGUUGUACUAUUGUUGGUAACCAUUUCUAUAAAUUUGGAAGUACAGGCAUGGGCAGAGUCCUAAAAUAUUUCAGAUAUUCAAUCGACAACCAAACAUUUGAUGAAAUUAAAAUGAAAGGUAUUGAAGGGUGCUGUGCUGUGUCGGUUUGCUAUGAUGGUAAAGAUCAUAUCUAUUUGAUGGAUGGUUUCAACAAACCAAUACUACAUAUCUACAGAUUCAACAUCAACAGCUCAACAUUUGAAGAAUAUUCCACUGCCAAUAUAUCAAGUCAAUACUACCAUCAUUUAACUUUCCACUUCAACAACUGUAUUUAUAGCUUUAUACCAGAUGCUAAAAAGAUUGUUAAAUUCGAUAUAAAAACCAAAAAAACAGUGGAAUUCGACUUACCUAUCGAAUCGCAAUAUUUACAACAACGAGCGGCAUGUACCGAUGGCAAAGGUUAUUUGUUUUUUCUAUCUGAUACCAGAUUUCAACAGAUCAAUAUUGAAACCAAUGAAAUUACAAACUUGGAUAGAUCUACAGCAGUUAUUGCGAAUAUGAAAAUGAACUGCCAUAAUUUGAUUUAUCAUCAAUCAAAUGAUCAAAAGAGAUACAUCUACUCACUCCAAGGGAAGGAUAAAAAUUUUAGAUAUUCAUUCGAACACAAUAAAUGGGAAUCAAUAUUACAAAAUGACCAAUCGAAUAGAAUACAUUGUGCAAAUACUCUGUUUCAUAUAUAA